CUCUACGUCAAAUCAACAAUGAUUAUUUACAAAAUACAUAAUUAAUUAAUUCAGUUCAAAAUGAUUCGCAAAAGUUCUGUCUUAUUGUUAAAAACUCGUCCUGCAGAAGGUACCAGUGAUAAAUACGAAUCAAUUCUGACCGAACAUAAUUUUGAGGUUAAACUUAUCAAAACAUUGGAUUUUGGUUUCAAGAAUUUGGAAGUUUUAAAGGAUCUACUGGAAAAACCGUCACAGUUUUCCGGACUGAUAUUCUCUAGCCCUAGGUGUGUUGAAGCAACACGUUUGAGUUUAAAUUCCGGUACACUGAACAAAGAAUGGAGCCAUAAAGUAAAUUAUGUGGUUGGUGAAACAACGUACAAAGAUGUCCUGGAUAAGUUGGAGCUGGAUUGCGUUGGAAAAGAAUCGGGAAAUGCUGUCAACUUAUCCAAAAUUAUCCUUGCCAAUUCCGAUAGGUGUGAUAAACCAUUUUUAUUUCCUCAUGGAAAUUUAAAAACUGACACCCUAAAAGUAGAAUUAAACAAACAAGGACUGGAAAUAGAAGGAGUGUGUAUUUAUGAUACUAUCACAAAUCCAGAGUUAGAUAAAGAGUUAUUAAUUGCAACUCAUAAUUGCACAAUAUUACCAGAGUUUGUUGUUUUUUUUAGUCCAUCUGGAGUUUAUGGUUGUGUUGAUUUUUUUAAAAAAGCUUUAUGCAUUGACAGGGUUAAGUUUGUCGCAGUUGGACCAGUAACAGCCAAAGCCAUUGAAGAAGCAGAGAUCAAUGUAUAUUCAGUUGCAACAAAGCCUACACCUCAAGAUAUAUUGAGAGCUGUUAAAGUGGACACAGAACAUUAAUAAAUAUAAUUUAAACAAUAUUGACACACAGUGUUAUGAAACUAAUUGAAACCAUUGAAUGAUGAUACAGUAAAAAUUGUUUAUUCUACAGGUUUUUUAUAAGUAAUGCUAAAACAUAUUAAACAUUACAUUUGUAACAA